AUGCCAACUAAAACUCGCUGGUCAUUAAAUCCAAAGAAAUGGUUCGCACCGAUUUCUCCUCUUACUCAAAAACGAGAGAAAAAAGACAAUCCCUUGAUUCAAUCGUUACCAGCAACAAUAACAGUCGCGCGAACUUCGUCUUUAACUACAAAUGCAGUUCGCACGUCGAAAACAAAAGCGUGUACGAAGAUAACACCUGCAACCGAAUCAUGCGACUUGGAAAAUACACAUACGAGCAAUGUAGUACCGAUCACAUUCGUUCAAUUGCCACCAUUCACGAUACGACGGGAGCGAGCAACAGCAGUAUUACCCUCGCUGUCAUUCACUCGUCCGACCACAUUCGUUCCUAUUCAUACUGAACCAACCAUACGGCGAAAUGGUCGUUGCGAAAAAACUCUAUCGAUCGACACGAAACGGCCGUCCCUUCCGCCGAUCCCUUUGAUUUUUUCAACCCUACCAACAACUGAUCCUCAUCAACAAAAAACACUAAUGCACCCAGCAGAAAUGAGCAUUUUAACUAUGUCACACCGUUGUCUAGUUGAUUUUCCCAGACACACACCAGAGCCUGUUGCUAAAACGCCAUCAUUGCCGAAUUCGUCGUUGGCAUCGUCGUUAGUUGAGGAAAGCACUAAUAAUAAUAAUAAUAAUAAUAAAAGUGCUGAUCCACUGCCUGGCGAAAUGUGCGAUACGAUCAACGAUAAUCCUGAAUCGAAAGAGCAGCUAUUGACAAUGAAAGUUUUAUCAAUCGAAUCAUUAGCUGAAUCAGAAACAUCAGUAACUCAUGUUCAAUCACGACCUAUUAUUCAUCAUUUUCAAACAAUUAUCAACAACAGUACAUCUCAACAACAGCAACAAAUGUCCGCACCAUCAUCUCCCGUUUCACCAAGUCUGGAAGAUGUUUUCGAAGACAGCCAAACAUUCUCGGGAGCAACGACAAUUACAACAACAGUUAAACGUCCACAAUCUUCGUCAAUUGCAGAUAAAACGACGGAAAAACGCAUUCGAAUAAGCCCAUCGCCACCGGCAGCGAUAGACAAAACCGAAUUCGUUCGAAUUGCACCUGCAACUUACCGACUAUGCGCUGAACAAACCGAACAAUUAUCAACUUCUCCUUGUCUUUCCGUCAGUUCAUUUGUCGAAACUUGUCUCUCGGAUGAUUCACUCCGUCCAGCGAACGAUGAAGCGUGCUAUGCAAAACUACCGUGCGGAAGUUCUACGGAACAAAUUAAUAAAAACAUACAAAACGAUCUACGACUGAUUGUCGACGGGUGUAUUCGUCCAAUGGCAAUAUCAAUUGGACAAAAUCGUUCGAUGAAAGCUCAUCAACGUUCCAAACGAAUUUCUACGAACAACGAUGAUGCACAAUUGAUUAUCGAAGACAUUACAGAUAAACUAUUAUCUAGUAUUGACUAUCCGAUCUACGCUCAGCAUCAAAGAUGUUAUUGA